CUAAAGGAGGAAGAAGAAGAAGAAGAAGAAGAAGAAGAAGAAGAAACACUGGACAGUUGCUGAUUUAACAAUAAAUAAGAAAAUGGACACGCGGUUCACGCGGGGGAAAUCCAACAUCUUGGAGAGGCCCCUCACCCGACCCAAGACUGAAGUCAGUGUGAGCACUUUUGCCCUCCUGUUCUCAGAGAUGGUCCAGUACUGUCAGAGCCGCGUGUACUCUGUGUCUGAGCUGCAGACACGCCUGUCAGACAUGGGCCAGAGCGUGGGAGCGAGCAUGCUGGACGUGCUGGUGCUGAGAGAGAAGAACGGGAAGAGGGAGACCAAAGUGCUGAAUAUGCUGCUCUUCAUCAAGGUUAAUGUCUGGAAGUCUUUGUUCGGGAAGGAGGCUGACAAGCUGGAGCAGGCCAACGAUGACGACAAGACUUAUUACAUCAUAGAAAAGGAGCCGCUUAUCAAUGCGUACAUCUCUGUGCCCAAGGAGAACAGCAGCUUGAACUGCGCUGCCUUCACCGCGGGCAUCGUGGAGGCCAUCCUCACACACAGCGGCUUCCCUGCCAAGGUCACUGCACACUGGCACAAAGGCACCACGUUGAUGAUAAAGUUUAACGAGUCCGUCAUAGCCAGGGACAAGGCUUUGGACGGCAGAUAAGGAGGACCGGAGAGAGCGGGUGGUUAUGGUAAUCAAAACAGGUUGAAGAUAAAUCAUCCACAUCCAGGCUAGUGUUUGUUCCUGAAUGAAUUUCCUUGUGGUAACUGAUGAGACGGGGUGACUUUAUGGAUGGAUGACUGCACCACACUGAGCCACACCUAAAGCAGAGAAAAAAUUCAGCUAGUUGUACCUUCAUGAAGGGACACACUUGUUUACUGAAGAUCACUUCAUUUGUAGUUUCACGUCACAUUUUUACGUCACAGAUGAUUUAUAAAAGAUUACCUUUAUUGGAUAAUACUUUCACCACAGUAUUUGGUGAAAGUAUAACAGGUCAAAAUAGUUUAAUGAAAUAACUUCAGUUAAAAUAUGUCACACUGGGAUCUGGGAAAUUGUGAUGGCCUUUUCACACUAUUAUUAUUAGACCUUUUUGUAGACUAAACAACAAAUCAGUUGAUCAUAAAAAAAUCAACAAAUUAUUUGACAAUGAAAGUAAUUGUGUGGUGCGGGCGUCGCCUCAUAGGGUGAAUGUGAACAAAGACAACUCACUAAGUUAAGUGGUGGACAACUAAUUGGAGCAUCCCAGGUUUCUAUACUGUAAAAAGUUGUCACAAAAACUCUUUUAAUGCAACAAAAUAUUCUUUUACAGGCGGCGGGCCAGAGUUUUUGUUUUCCCUCCUUAAACAUUUCAACUCCAGGCGCAUGUUUCAUCUCUGUAAACUAGAUUUAUGAUCAGGGCUGCAGCUACCACUGAGGAUAUAUCCUCACUAUUGUUUUUGUGUUAUAUUGUGUGUUAUUUUUAUUAUUUUAUUUUGUGUGUGAGAGAGACACUUUAUGGGUAUUAGUAACACAGGGGAGUUAACAUUCUAUAAUUAAAAACAAAACGUACACAUGGUGUUUUACAAGACUCCAAUAUUGUUAGAUUUACUUUGAAGACAACGAAAUAUUAAAUAAAGGCUUCAGCAUUUCUCCAGCAGAAUUGUAUUCCUGGCAGCAAAAAGAAGGCAUUGAAAUACAAUUUAGACCAUCAGGUUGAAAGUUUAUAUAAUACAUAGUCUGCACAAUAAAUAAAAUGAAAUAUUCAAAUGAUGAAUGAAAAGCAUUGUUUGUUGUUGUAUAUGUUUUUGGUUUCUGGACUCACGACCUCAGAUUAGCCGCAGUCCUGGCCACUGCCCUGCUCAUACCGUGUUUGUUGUGCUUGUUAUUAUUGAUGGCAUUGUUUAUUGUGUCUGUUAUUAUUGAAGUAAACAGUUAAUAAAAAUAUAACAAUGCGAAA